AUGAAGCCAGCAUUCACCCUGAUCGGAGCUUCAGUGGGUCGCGGGCACUUCCGGACAGGAAAGCUGCAAACACAGCGCCAGGAGAUUGCUUCCUUGAAGGCAGCUUUGGGCGAUAAAGCUUCUCUGCUUGACAAGGAAGCCGAGUUGCAAGACCUCCAUGGUAAGCUGAAGCCGCAUGGCGGAAUUGCCAAAGUCCUGCAGUCCGUCAAGGAACUCCGCACCGUGCAGGGAGAGGUCUCCUCGAUGCGGAAAGCCGCUGCUGAUGCCGAACGCUUCAAGGCUGAGGUGGCCGAGCUCAAGCGCAGCGCAAGAAGUGAGGCGCCAAAGCCCAGCGCCGAGCUGAAGGAGAUGAAACGCGAGUUAAGCGAACUGGAGAAGUGCAAAGCCGAGUUCGAGGCCUCGAAGACUGCGGCCCGUGAGACAGAAGAGAUGGAACAGGCGAAGCCAGAGGUGGCGGCUCCAAGCCAAAGGGUGGUCCAGCCGGUGCAGGACUUUGGGCCGAAGUUGUCAGUGCCCGAGCGCCGACCUGGUCGAGAGGAAGCCGAAAUCUUGAAAACACUUGCUGCCCUCCGCUUCGUCGACGCCCACCUGUACCCAUGA